UUUCAACUUUCCCAUAUUUCAACGAACCAAAAUAGCAACAUAUUACCAAGAGCUCCGCUAAAGUUAGCCUCGGUGUCAGAUCAGAUCAAAUUUGAAACAACACACGAGUGAAGAACUGAUCAUCCUUCAAUUUAAGAUGGGAAACAAACCCUCACCAACCAGUCCACCUACCCCUCCGGCUCCAAGACCUUCACCUCCGCCUUCUCGCUUGCCGAGUCGAUCACAAUGACAGUACCCAUACCAGCCCUCAGUGCGGCGGAGAGAGAGAAAUACGACAUUUUCUUCCCGCCGCUGCCAAACUAUGGCCCUCCCACGCUCGGCAAGAGGUUUAAAUGGGCUGUACUGCGCAUUGGACCACCUCGUCCAUUUCAACAAGAAGAAGAGCGACGAGCCGAGGAGAGAGAGAAGGAGGAAAGGAAAUGGGAAAGGCAAAGAGACGGAGAUGUUGACCGUGCGAUACUGGAAAGUCAUGGAGGGUGGUGUCCAUCUGAGGGAGGGAGAGACAAGAUGAUAAGAGACGUGGGAUAUUAUGCUCGAAGAGUAGGCCUGGAUUGCGAGGAACUGAAGGUCCAGACUGAAGAUGGACAUAUACUUGUGCUGUGGCACGUUUAUGACCCCCGAGAAUAUAUCCCUUUACCUGCUGCGUUGCGCGGAAUCCGUGGUCCGGAGUCAAUCGAUGCCAUUCGACCACCGUCGAGAAAGCUGGAGCCGCAAGAAAGGGGUCAGACAAAAGAGGAAGAGAGAAGAUAUCCGAUUUUGAUGAUACAUGGGUUGUUGCAGAGUGCGGGGGUUUAUGCAACGAAUGAUGAACACUCACUUGCCUUUUGGCUUUGCAAGGAGGGUUUUGAUGUUUGGUUGGGCAAUUGCAGAGCGGGUUUUACCCCUGAACAUGUCGAGUUGGACAAUCAAAAUCCAGAAAUGUGGAACUGGGAUCUAAGACACAUGGCCACCUUGGAUCUCCCAGCACUCACGGCAAGAGUUCUCUCCGAAACGUCAUUCUCAAAAUUGGCCUUGGUCGGACACUCACAAGGUACGACUGCCACUCUGAUCGCACUUUCGCGCUUUAGUCGUCCAUCACUGUCCUCAAAACUCUCAGUUGCUUGUCUUCUUGCACCAGCGUUCUAUGCAGCAUCUCUUCUCACCACCAAAUUUGUUUUUCGAUUCAUGCGCCUAAUCCCGUUAUCCGCAUUCACGCUACUUUUCGGCCGGACUUCUUUCAUACCUGUUAUGGGAAAGUUGGGCUACCUGCAUGGGAAAGUGCCAGAAAAUUGGAUUGGAGGACCUAGUUAUGCUGCUUAUCGAUUUCUAUUCAAUUGGACUGAUCAGAACUGGGAUCGUGGACGAGGGACAGGGGCCAUGGCUUGGUGGUUGGGAAGAGGUGGAUUUGCCGAUCGAGAUUGUGUUUUGAGUAUCAAGGAGGAACUUGAGCGGGAGAACAUUGAGGAUUUGUUGGAAGAUUUUGAGAAAGGCGCUACGGGCUCGAUAAACCCUGCAGAGGCAAGUACGUUGAGAGAAAAAUUGAGAAAAGAUGAGGAGAAAGGGUUUAGGAGUGAAUGUUGGUUUCCAGAAUAUACAGCACCAUUGGCUUUUUGGGCUGCGGGAGACGAUGAACUUGUUGAUGGAAAAAGAUUGUUGAAUAGGUUCAGAAGAGGACGAGAACCAAACGCGAAUAUCGUACAUAAGCAUGUGGUGGCGGGCUAUGAACAUCUGGAUGUCGUCUGGUCUUGUGAUGCGGUUGAGAAGGUAGGAUGGGAAAUGAGAAAUGUGAUUUGGAAAAGUGUGCAAGAUAAGAGUGAGAUAAGGAAUCCCAGAGGUUGCGUGGACAUCUGACAGAGAAGAGGUGAGGC